GGGAGGAAGAAGACGAAGAAGUGGAGGAAGAAACUUCAGGGAUGGCGAUAGAGUUAGAAUGAAAAACUGGACUAAAUCUGGAGGAAAUGUUUCGGCAAAGUCUUUCGGAUGUCUUAGGCGAAGAUUUGAUUUGAACCGCAAGGCAUGAAGGCUGAAAAAGUUGCAAACAUCCGAGAAAGAAGCGGUCUUCAUCGUUUGGCGUUAUCAAGGACGUUGAAGCCGCUUGUUGGGAUACGAUCGUAUCACUCCGUCCGUAUCCUGUCCUCGUUGCCGGGGGGCGAUGGGGGCCGCGCCGGGCUCGGGCUGGGAGGAGGGCGAGUUUGAGUUCAAGUUGGUGUUUGAGGAGGACCCGCCGCUCCGGCAGAGCCAGGGGCCAUCCCCGGCGUGCGCAGCCCAGCCGGAGAGCUCCGUUCCCGGGGAGGAGAGUGAGGGAACCCUGCUGCACCUGGAGCCUUCCAACGGCAUCAACAGCAGCAGCAGCAGCCUGGUUACAGAUAAUCACCUGGCCACCAAUCAUGCAGGACAUUCAAUCAGCAUCCCCAGCUCGCCUCCACCAGCCAAUCAGAGAGCUGGGAUGCAUUCUCCACCACCACGGAGAGCCCCUGUUAGAGAGUUCAGCGGGACCUAUGAGAGCCUGCCGGCACGCUCUGUACAGGUUUCAGAGUCUCGAGUGGUUGAGUGUCCCAGCAUCCAGAUCACAACUAUUUCCCCUGAAGACGACCCACCGCCCUCUAUUUCCAGCUAUUGGGACAUGGGCAGUGGAGGAGGUGGUGGCUGGGACCGCGAUCGCCUCUACCUGCCCUUGCUGGACCCCUUCAGUUACCGUGACAGAUGUCCCGGCUCCCUCAGCCCCAGUCCCGCCUCCAGUCCCUCAUCCCGUGGCUGGCUCAGCCCCGCCUCCAGCUGUGACUCCCUACUGGUGGAGGAGGAGGAGCUGAGCGAGGCCACCGUCAGCUUUGGGCUCUCACCGUCCUCGAGGCCGACUUCUCCUGGAGGUAAAAAGCGUAGGAACUCUCCUCUAGCGUCCCCCUGUACGUCACGGAGGGGGAGUUACUCAGAGGACCUGCCGGGAUGCAACCUGGAGGGCGGAGACUCUGUCAAUCCGUCACAAGCUCCGCCCAGCAGCUGUGAGCUAAGCAUCCCUCAAAAAACCAGGAAGACAUCGCUGGAACAGUUAUCUCCCAGGGAGGUGGAUCAGGAGCAGGCUCCAGGACACAGCUCCCCCUGCCUGCUGCCAGAGACACAGCAGACCAGGAGAGACCCCCCUUCAGUGGGCAUGGACUACCUCUCUGUGCCCCCUGCUUUAGCCUGGGGCAGGAACCGAGCCAGCGCCCACAGCCCUCUGUUCAGGUCUAGUGCUCUGCCGCCUCUCGACUGGCCGCUGCCGUCCCAGUUUGACCAGUACGAGCUGCGUAUCGAGGUGCAGCCCCGUCCACACCACAGAGCUCACUAUGAGACGGAGGGGAGCAGAGGAGCCGUCAAGGCUGCACCAACGGGACAUCCUAUCGUCAAGCUGUGUGGAUACUCAGAGAGGAAGCCGCUCUCCCUCCAGGUUUUCGUUGGAACAGCUGACGACCGAUCGAUCAGGCCUCAUCCCUUCUAUCAGAUACACAGAGUGACGGGAAAGAUGGUGGGUACUGCCAGUCAUGAGAGCGUCCAGGCGGGAACCAAACUACUUGAUAUCCCGCUCAACCCUGAGAACAACAUGACGGCACUCAUCGAUUGUGCUGGGAUUCUGAAGCUGAGAAACUCUGACAUUGAGCUGAGAAAAGGAGAAACAGAUGUUGGACGUAAGAACACACGUGUACGACUGGUAUUUCGUACCCAUCUCCCUCUAGCGCCCCCUGUGGCCCCACCUGGCCGAGUCUUGGCUCUACAGGUUGCCUCCCUGCCCAUUGAAUGCUCCCAGCGUUCAGCCCAGGAGCUUCCCGUCAUCGAGUCCGUCAGUCUUACGUCCUGCUCCGUGGAAGGAGGAGAGGAGCUCCUUCUAAGCGGUACCAACUUCCUGCCGAUCUCCAGAGUCCUUUUCAUGGAGAGAGGGACAGAUGGUAAACUGCAGUGGGAAGAGGAGGCUCAUGUUGACCGAGACAACAGCAAUGAGUGUCUGUUGUGUGUGAGGGUCCCCGCCUACAGCGACCUGUCUGUCAGUCGACCUGUGUCUGUUAGUCUUUACGUCUCCAAUGGGAAGAGGAAGAGGAGCAGCACACACUGCUUCAAGUAUCUCCCAAUUAUGUUCAAAGAGGAGGACCCUCUGCUGUCUCGACCCUCUGCUCUCCCUCUGGAUGCGGGUUCUGUGUGUCCACUCGGGAGUCAACCCAGGAUGGACCGGGGCUUCCACAUGAGAGGCGACCCCAUAACUGAUGAUCGAGGCCUGGGCUUCCACCUGCCUCCUUACCCCUCCACCUACUCGCCUCCUUGUCCGUCAAUGGGUUACCAUGACGACUACUGCUCCAAACCUGACUCUGCUCUGGAGGAUCCUGGAGGGUCCAGGGCGCCUCUCUCCGAGCGUCACCCCAGCUUUGAGAACUUGGAGCUUGGCUUCACUGAGCUCCUUCCUCCCCUGUACCCCCGUGGCCCACAGCCACCUUCCCCCUCCCCUUCACCGUGGCUGGACUCACCCUAUCUGUCCUCCUCACCCUCUCCCUCCCACUCCUCUUCUCUCAGCCCAUUUCCCACCGGCAGUCCCAUCUCCACCUCCCCCCUGCCUCCCCUGACGACCUCCCCUUACCCACCGUACUCCUCUUAUCCUCAGGAGGUGUGUCCCUCCCCGCCCUCCAACCUCAGUCCUUACCAGGACAUCUGCCCGGUGCCCUACUCCCAAUACGAAGGCUGGGACCCCCAGGGGAGGGUGCAGGGGACGGGACAUGGGGUAGAGAGGGACGCCAAGAUCCAGGAGUGUCCCCUGGAGUUCACCAGCUCCACAUCUAUGCACCACAUUACGUUUGAGGAAGUGUCGGAGUUCAUCGGCGAGGACAUCCAGUCAUACCAGUCAGGCUCACGGAUGGACAACCAGCCAAACUGAGCUCUGGGCAGCAACUUUCGAAAUCCAUCAUUCACUUGAUAUUAAGAUGCAUUGCUGCAUAAUUGACAGGGGGAUUUGAUCACCAGGACACUGUUGUAAUUGUGACCACAGGUAACUGUAAUGGUUUUAUAAAGGGAAACUAAUGUUUUGAACUUUUUCCAAUAUAAAUUAUACAAGAAAGAGCCUGGGUUUGGUGUGUUUUUUCUUCCAGAACCUAAAAUUAAGUCUCAUACAAGGGAAAUCCAGAAUAAUAGGACUGGGGGAAAAAGGCUUAAGACUGGAAACUCAAUAGUUUAAUGUGCCAGAUUAUGAUUGCGCCACAAUCUCACUUUAAUACAUAAAUUAGUCUUCUUUGUUUCAUGAGAUGGAAAUGUUUCUUUUUCCUUAAUAAGUACUUCAGCAGACAUUUUUUUCAUCCUGAUGGAAGGAAACAAUUUUAUGCUUAACUCUUAGAAAAUUCAGAGUAAUAGAUCAGGGAUAAAGGAUCCUGUGUCACCAAGUAAUAGCGAAUGUUUUUGAUUUCAUC